AUGGGUUCAAGGGGCUACCACAGUAGCACACAGCCGAGGGGCGGCCGCCGCGCCACCAGCCGAGGGGCGGCCGCCGCGCCACCAGCCGAGGGGCGGCCGCCGCGCCACCAGCCGAGGGGCGGCCGCCGCGCCACCAGCCGAGGGGCGGCCGCCGCGCCACCAGCCGAGGGGCGGCCGCCGCGCCACCAGCCGAGGGGCGGCCGCCGCGCCACCAGCCGAGGGGCGGCCGCCGCGCCACCAGCCGAGGGGCGGCCGCCGCGCCACCAGCCGAGGGGCGGCCGCCGCGCCACCAGCCGAGGGGCGGCCGCCGCGCCACCAGCCGAGGGGCGGCCGCCGCGCCACCAGCCGAGGGGCGGCCGCCGCGCCACCAGCCGAGGGGCGGCCGCCGCGCCACCAGCCGAGGGGCGGCCGCCGCGCCACCAGCCGAGGGGCGGCCGCCGCGCCACCAGCCGAGGGGCGGCCGCCGCGCCACCAGCCGAGGGGCGGCCGCCGCGCCACCAGCCGAGGGGCGGCCGCCGCGCCACCAGCCGAGGGGCGGCCGCCGCGCCACCAGCCGAGGGGCGGCCGCCGCGCCACCAGCCGAGGGGCGGCCGCCGCGCCACCAGCCGAGGGGCGGCCGCCGCGCCACCAGCCGAGGGGCGGCCGCCGCGCCACCAGCCGAGGGGCGGCCGCCGCGCCACCAGCCGAGGGGCGGCCGCCGCGCCACCAGCCGAGGGGCGGCCGCCGCGCCACCAGCCGAGGGGCGGCCGCCGCGCCACCAGCCGAGGGGCGGCCGCCGCGCCACCAGCCGAGGGGCGGCCGCCGCGCCACCAGCCGAGGGGCGGCCGCCGCGCCACCAGCCGAGGGGCGGCCGCCGCGCCACCAGCCGAGGGGCGGCCGCCGCGCCACCAGCCGAGGGGCGGCCGCCGCGCCACCAGCCGAGGUUCUUAG